GGGGGAGGAGCAGCAAGACAGGAGAGCCAUCUUCCCCCCCGGCAGACUACUGGACAGAAACUAAGAGAGCAGAGGAGAAGGACUUGGGAGAUCAUCUGAGGAACCGGGUGUCGUUGGAAAGCUCGCAGACGGUUUAUAGGACGGAGGGACAAGCAGUGUUAACCGGGAACAGAGAUACCUGCAGGACUUUCCGGGAUUUCCGCUCCAGAGCUGAUCAGGAACCUACCAGUUUCGAGAGAGAAGGCUGUUUGAAACAAAUAAGAAGAAAGGGAUUUUUGGGGGGGAGUGGGGAUUAUAUAUAUCAGACGUUAAUUUGGUCAAACAAAAUUGCGCAAAAUUUGGAGACACGUAACAUAAAGAAGCAUGUAGUCCUUCCAAUCUGAAAGGUGUGUAGCAUCACCGGUAAAUGUAAACAAACAGCAGCCCCAGCUAAGCUAGCUAGCUAGCUGACUGGACGUUAGCUCGGUAGCUAACCUGGUUGAUAGAGCAAAUGUUAGCGAGGAGGACCGAGUCGAGACUAAAGUAGACCGAGCCCAACAAGCUUGUCAUUGGCUUCGAACUCAUUUUUGCGCCCGACAUCGACGUUUACAGCGGGUGUCAGUCGACGCGUUGUUUGUGUUAGCAUAGAUCUGUUAUUAGCUUUGUUAGCCAUUCACGUAACGCUAGCUAUUUGCAGUAGGACCUAGCAUGUAGGAGUACGAAGCUGAACGUCGGCUCACGAAGACAUUAACUGUUUUCCCUGUGCUAUUUGAAAUUAAUGUUGCUGUGAUAAUAUGUUUUAUUAUUAUAUGUCUUUGCUUAAUUUUCUUAUUCACAAAACCAAUUGUCCUGCGGUCUUUUAAGCUGACUGACUAAAGUGUAGGGCGUCGGAAUGAAGAAAAACAACUUUAACUCCACAUAGAUCGAAUUAUAUCGAUAUGUAGCCAGUUAUUUCUUCUAGGAUAGAAGUUAUGAUACACUGUAACGUGUAAGGUAAAUGCGUUCCUAGAUAUUGAUUGGAACCAUUUCAGUUUUCACUAGACUCUUUAACCUAUUGAGACAAACCGCACUCAGCUGGUGUGUUUGGCUCCGUUGUCUUCUCGGUGGUUUGGUUAAAAGACCAGAGAGGAGCCUCUGUUCGAUGUAAAAUAGUGCUGGGACAGGAUCCACAACUCCGCGAGCCAACAUGGUAUGGUUUCCGUUUCAGAAAAGGAUCGUCCUAAUUAGCAAUGAUUGGGAAAACUAGAAGUCACAUUAAAACGUAAAACGUUCGUUAACGUCACGUUGUUUCUGUACUAUUAUUGUUUUUCUUUUUUUCCACGUAGACUGAAUGAAGGACCCGCCGCCUGGUUAGAGUUUGUAUUAUGUAGCUGUGUGUGAAGGCCCAGCGGUAAGCCUCUCAGCUGUGUUUUGGUGGUUUCUGGCUUCCCCUCCCCCAGUCGAGAGACUUAGACUCUCCCUGUCAGCUGUGGACAGUCUUCACCCGUUUCCCUUGAUUUUAAUCUGAAGAAAGGCUGCGGCCUUCUUGACUGUCCUGUGCACUCAGUGGCAGAUAAAAAGCGGAUGUAAUGGAACUCAUGUUCGCGGAGUGGGAGGAUGGAGAGAGGUUCUCCUUCGAGGACUCGGACCGGUUUGAGGAGGACUCCCUGUGCUCCUUCAUCUCUGAGGCCGAGAGCCUCUGUCAGAACUGGAGGGGAUGGAGAAAGCAGUCUGCUGGACCCAACUCUCCUACUGUCAAGAUAAAAGAUGGUCAGGUGAUUCCUCUGGUGGAGCUGUCAGCCAAGCAGGUAGCAUUCCACAUCCCUUUUGAGGUUGUGGAGAAGGUCUACCCUCCAGUCCCAGAGCAGCUGCAGCUCCGCAUUGCCUACUGGAGCUUCCCUGAGAACGAGGAGGACAUAAGGUUGUAUUCCUGCCUCGCUAACGGCAGUCCAGAUGAAUUCCAGCGUGGAGAGCAGCUUUACAGAAUCAGAGCUGUCAAAGACCCCCUGCAGAUUGGCUUCCAUCUCAGUGCGACGGUUGUGUCCAGUCAGGCUGGUCAGUCCAAGGGAGCAUACAAUGUGGCGGUCAUGUUUGACCGCUGUCGCAUCACGUCCUGCAGCUGCACCUGUGGUGCUGGGGCCAAAUGGUGCGCUCACGUGGUGGCGCUCUGCCUCUUCAGGAUCCACAAUGCGUCAGCUGUGUGUCUCAGGGCUCCAGUCUCUGAGUCGUUGUCCAGACUGCAGAGGGACCAGCUCCAGAAAUUCGCUCAGUACCUUAUCAGCGAGCUGCCUCAGCAGAUCCUGCCCACAGCCCAGCGGUUGCUGGAUGAGCUCCUGUCAUCUCAGUCCACUGCCAUCAACACCGUGUGUGGAGCUCCAGACCCCACAGCAGGUCCUUCAGCCUCCGACCAGAGUACCUGGUACUUAGAUGAGUCCACCCUCAGCGACAACAUAAAAAAGACCCUGCACAAGUUCUGUGGACCUUCACCUGUUGUCUUCAGUGAUGUAAAUUCCAUGUACCUGUCAUCCACGGAGCCCCCGGCUGCCGCUGAGUGGGCGUGUCUCCUGCGACCGCUGAGGGGCCGGGAACCAGAGGGCAUCUGGAACCUUCUGUCUAUUGUCAGGGAGAUGUUCAAGCGACGAGACAGCAAUGCUGCCCCACUGCUGGAGAUCCUUACUGAGCAGUGCCUCACCUACGAACAGAUCAUUGGCUGGUGGUACAGCGUUCGCACGUCGGCAUCGCACAGCAGCGCCAGCGGCCACACCGGAAGGAGCAACGGCCAGUCAGAGGUGGCAGCUCAUGCAUGUGCCAGCAUGUGUGAUGAGAUGGUGGUGCUGUGGAGACUGGCAGUGCUGGAUCCCACCAUGAGCCCUCACAGGCGUCUGGAACUGGCAUCCCAGCUGAAGCAAUGGCACCUUAAGGUUAUUGAGAUUGUCAAGCGGGGUCAACAUCGCAAAUCCCUGGACAAGCUUUUCCAAGGGUUCAAGCCUGCCCUGGAGUCCUGCUACUUCAACUGGGAGGUGGCCUACCCAUUGCCCGGCAUCACCUACAGCAGCACUGAUAAGAAGAGUGCAGCCUUCUGUUGGGCAAGGGCAGUCCAACAGCAGAGGGGAGCUAAAGCUACUUUAGGUGGAGAACCUCCUGAACCAGGGGGAGGGGGAAGAGCUGACAGUGGAGGAGGGGCAGAUUAUAAAGGAAAAGGUAGUAGUCACUCACUGCAACAGGAGGUGGCAGUGCGACCCAAAGAAACCAUUAUGACCAAGAGGAAGGGUCUGUCGGCAGGCGGGGGUGGUGGUGUGCUUGUUCGUCUGGGAGGGAGCGUGUCCCUGUCCUUGGAGGAUGGAGCAGGGAAGUGCAUGUACAAAGGGCCUGGCUCCUCUUCUGGCAGUAAGGCUAAAUUGACACAGGGAUCUAGUAAGGGGACAUCUGUAGGGGGCUCAGGAGGAGGUGGAGGAGGGCUGGGAGGUAAACAUGCCAGUGCCAAACGACGAACCAGCAGUGAGGACAGCUCCCUGGAGCCAGAUCUGGCCGAGCUUAGCCUGGACGAUGGCUCCAGUUUGGCGCUUGGUGCUGAGGCCAGCAAUACUUUUGACUUCCUGCCUCCGCCACCAGAGAUGCUGCCCUCCCCGAGCCCACUGCUCCGAGACUCACGGAAGUAUGGCACUGGAGGAGGGACCAUGUCCAAGAUGUUUGACACAAAGCGAGUGACCCACACUUCGGUUGCCAUCCCUGCUCCUGAGCCCCCACCACCCCUCUACCCCUCCAAAGAGACAGUACUGGUUGUGAUGGACAUGCCCAGCACUGCAGAGAGGGAAGCAGAGCUGGAGGUAGAGAUCGAUCAGAAUGGAGAUGAGGAGUUAGGUCCUGCUGGCAGUGCCCGGCCCUCCACCUCUACAGCUGCUGCUGGAUUAGCCACUGCUCUGACCUCUGCCAAGACACCAGAAGAUCUUCCAGAUGCAGCAUCUGGUGCAACAACAGGAAGUGGGGCAGCAGCAGCUAUGGCGGCUCCAGCUAACCAAGGCCCUGAACCAUCAUCUGGGGCUGCAGGAGCAGAGGCUCUAGGGGAAGAUGACUACCAGGCCUACUACAUGAGUGCUGCCUCAGAGGAGGGUGCAGACAGACAAACAGCUGAGAACCACCAGGAGGAGGAACCAGACAUCUUCGCAGGUAUCAAACCGCUGGAGCAGGAAGGACGCAUGGAGGUGCUGUUUGCAUGUGCAGAGGCGCUCCACGCUCAUGGCUACAGCAAUGAAGCAUGCCGGUUGGCGGUGGAGCUGGCUGGGGACCUGCUGGCUAACCCUCCGGACCUCAAAGUGGAGCAGCCACAGACCAAGGGUAAGAAGAGCAAAGUAUCAACCAGCCGUCAGACACAGGUAGCCACCAACACACUGUCGAAAGCAGCCUUCCUCCUCACCGUCCUCAGCGAAAGACUGGAGCUCCACAACCUGGCCUUCAGCACGGGCAUGUUCUCCCUAGAACUCCAGAGACCACCAGCAUCCACCAAGGCCCUAGAGGUGAAGCUGGCUUACCAGGAGUCCGAGGUGGUGGCUUUACUGAAGAAGAUUCCUCUGGGCCUGGUGGAGAUGACGGCCAUCAGAGAGCGAGCUGAGCAGCUCCGAGAUGGCAACUUCUGUGAUUACCGACCUGUCCUGCCUCUCAUGUUGGCCAGCUUCAUCUUUGAUGUUUUGUGUACCCCAGUUUGUGCAGUCGUAUCCCCCACCGGCUCCCGUCCACCAAGCCGUAACCGUAACAACGAGAUGCCUGGUGAUGAAGACCUUGGCUUUGAGGCUGCUGUUGCAGCACUUGGUAUGAAGACUACAGUGAGCGAAGCAGAGCAUCCUCUGCUUUGUGAGGGAACCAGGAGGGAGAAGGGCGACCUGGCGUUGGCACUCAUGAUCACAUACAAGGAUGACCAGAGCAAGCUCAAGAAGAUUCUAGAUAAGUUGUUGGACAGAGAGAGUCAGACCCACAAGCCUCAGACUCUCAGCUCUUUCUACUCCAGUAAGCCAGCAGCUGGCAGCCAGCGUAGCCCGUCCAAACACACCGCAACUACCAGCCACAGUGGGGUGGGCGCCGCCACCGGGGGGAUCUCCAAACACCCUCCUCCUUCUUCCUCUGCUACUGCUGUAGUGUCAUCUUCCUCCAGCUCGUCCUCUGCAGUGGCACUGGCCAGUGGAGGGGUGGGACAGCAGGCGGGGAUAAACCCAGUGCAGAACAACACAGUAGCAGGGGAGGGUGCUACUGAGCCUCGAGAGCAGGAUGGGCAGCCAUCAGCAUGUGAGCAGCAAAAUGAAAUGGCUCCCUUCAAGGCUGAGGCCACAGUACCCAGUCGGCUGGCACUGGGAGGCCGGGGUGGGUACAGUGGGCGCUGCUGGGGCUCACCUGUCCGCCAGAAGAAAAAACACACUGGCAUGGCGAGUAUUGACAGCAGUGCUCCAGAGACAACUUCAGACAGCUCCCCCACUCUCAGCCGACGGCCGGUCCGAGGGGGCUGGGCAGCUGCAUCCUGGGGGCGGGGCCAGGACAGUGAUAGCAUCAGCAGCUCCUCCUCAGAUUCACUGGGCUCCUCCUCAUCCAGCGGUUCUCGUAGGGCAGGGGGCGGGGCUAGGGCCAAGAGCACUGACACCAGCAGGUACAAAGGACGUCGUCCCGAGUGCCAUGCACCCCAUGUGCCGAAUCAGCCAUCAGAAGCAGCUGCCCAUUUUUACUUUGAGCUGGCCAAGACGGUGCUGAUCAAGGCUGGAGGAAACUCCUCCACCUCCAUUUUCACCCAGCCCUCAGCCAGCAGUGGCCACCAGGGCCCACAUCGCAACCUGCACCUCUGUGCCUUCGAGAUUGGCCUGUAUGCCCUGGGCCUACACAACUUUGUCUCGCCCAACUGGCUGUCUAGGACCUACUCCUCCCAUGUAUCUUGGAUCACUGGUCAAGCCAUGGAGAUCGGCAGCGCUGCCCUCAACAUCUUGGUGGAGUGUUGGGACGGUCACCUCACUCCUCCAGAGGUCGCAUCCCUGGCGGAUCGGGCAUCACGGGCAAGAGACCCCAACAUGGUUCGGGCAGCAGCUGAGCUGGCCCUGAGCUGCCUACCUCAUGCUCAUGCCCUUAACCCCAAUGAGAUCCAGAGAGCCCUGGUGCAGUGCAAAGAACAGGACAAUGUGAUGUUGGAGAAGGCCUGCAUGGCGGUUGAGGAAGCAGCCAAGGGUGGCGGUGUUUAUCCUGAAGUGUUAUUUGAGGUGGCCCAUCAGUGGUACUGGCUCUAUGAGCAGUCGGUGGGUGGGGGUUUAGGCCAGCAGCGGGAGGUGUCUGGGCGCUGUGGGGCCAACGGUGGUUCAAGUAGGAGACCCCCAGAGCCUGGUUGCGGUGUGAUUGACAGUGGGGCCAACAUGGACUCUCCUGGGGUUGCCACAGUUACAGCCUCUGUCACAGCAGCAGCGGUUGUGCCCGUCAUCUCUGUGGGCUCCACCAUCUACCAGUCCCAUGCCAUGCCCGGCCAGGCCAUGGCUCACCCUCAUGGCCAGGGUCUGCACCCUUACACCACCAUCCAGGCCCACCUCCCCACUGUCUGCACCCCACAGUACCUGGGACAUCCUUUGCAGCACGUCCCUCGACCCACCGUGUUCCCUGUGUCUGGGGCUGCCUACCCACAGGGAAUGCAUCCAGCUUUUAUUGGUGCCCAGUACCCAUUCUCGGUAGCCACUGGGCCUCAUCCGCCCAUGGCAGCCACUGCUGUUACCUUCCCUGGCGUCCCUGUACCGUCCAUGACUCAGAUAGCCGUCCACCCCUACCACACAGAGACUGGCCUGCCCCUCAGCACCACUGUAACAGUAGGCAGUGUCCACUCAGGCUCCACCAUCCAGGCCAUGCAGGGAGCCUCUCUGCCCGCCCUCUCCUCCCAGCCUGCCUCAUUGGUCAGCACUCCGUUUCCAGCUGAGGAUGAGCAGCAUAGCCAGCCAAUCAGCCAACAGGGCCUGCACUACCUGCAUUCUGCUUACAGAGUUGGCAUGCUGGCAUUGGAGAUGCUGGGAAGGAGAGCUCACAAUGACCACCCCAACAACUUUUCCCGUAGCCCACCCUACACGGAGGACGUCAAAUGGCUGCUAGGACUGGCUGCCAGGCUAGGAGUCAACUAUGUGUACCAGUUCUGUGUUGGAGCAGCAAAGGGUGUCCUCAGCCCUUUUGUCCUGCAGGAGAUCAUCAUGGAUGCCCUGCAGAGGCUGAACCCUGCCCAUAUCCAUGCCCACCUCAGGACACCCGCCUUCCACCAGCUGGUUCAACGUUGCCAACAAGCCUACUUGCAGUACAUCCACCACCGGCUAAUCCACCUGACGCCUGCUGACUACGACGACUUUGUCAACAUCAUCCGCAGCGCUCGUGGUGCUUUUUGCCUGACACCGGUGGGCAUGAUGCAGUUCAAUGAUGUGCUGCAAAACCUGAAGAGAGGCAAGCAGACCAAGGAGCUGUGGCAGCGGAUCUCCCUGGAGAUGGCCACCUUUUCCCCCUGACCGGCCUUCGGACUCGGCCCGGAGAUGGCUGUGGAGCUGGAGG